AUGACCUAUACAGACAACUCUUACAUUUACGCGUCAAAAGAGCACCUGUACUCCCCACAAACUCCAAACGGGUAUAAUAGUACCGGCGAAACGGGUGAUUACUUACAACUCAAUUACAACAAUGACAUUAGCAACAAAAGUAGUAAUGACAUUAACAAUGACACCAACAAUUACGGACACGUAAGACAGGAAUGGUAUAACGACAUGGCGUAUUACUGGCACCUCCCAAAUCCAGCAUUUCCAGCACCAUUCUAUGGAGGUUUUCCAACGCCAUUACCUCUUUCGUCACCUGCCAUGAUGUAUUAUCCACCACCGUCUUCUACGUCACUUCCUCCUUCACCUGGAGAAACCAGAAACGAUGGUUCUUUUAUACCCGAAAACAACGACAAUCUUAACAAGAAUGGAAGUUAUUGGAUGGCGCCGUAUGAUCGAAUCACUUUUUACCCUGAACGACGAUUUAUCGAGUUGCCUUGUGAAUAUGAAUACUCGCAAUUCCACGAGAAUUAUCGUUCUGCCAACUAUAUCAAUACUGAUAAUACGAGCUCGCGAAAUUACUACAAUGGUGGUGGCAAUGUCCCAUUUGGUAGUAAUUAUCGUUAUUUCAACGAUAACUUCUCAAAACACAAACCACCUUCUGGAUUACGACAUAAUAGAAGCUUGAAUGGCAAUUGGCGACGAAGUUCCAGAGGCAGCAGUUUCAGAAAUAAUUAUUAUUAUAAUCACAAUAACUACAACUACAGAUAUUAUUACAAUUCACCAAAGGAACAACAAGAACAGAAGCAAAAGCUUGUAAUAGCAUCAUUGACUACACCAUCAUCUGGAUUCGAAAAACUACCCGUUGACAUUCUGACUAUAAUUGUGCAGUAUGCUUUUCCGAAUCCAGCCUCUUCUCCAUGGUUGACGGACUUUCGUUUGUUAUCAAAGAAUUUCAAUAAAGCAACAUUGAAUUUCUUGAUCCUCGCGAGGCCACAAUCGUUCAAAAAAGUCGUGUGUAUACUUUGUGGAUAUACGAGUCCUUAUGUGAUAGCUUGUCCCCCACGUGAUCGUAACGGAUGUGGUCGAAUGUGUUUCAACUGCUACAAACCAACAAUUUACAAACUGCUUGACUCUCGCGUCAACUUCAAGACGAUACAAGAGCUCAGUGUUUUCCGAAAUCGAUUUUUCGAUUCGAUGGGUAAAUUAGAGUGGUUUGAAGCGAUUCCAUGGAAUCACGAUUACACAAAGAACAAUAAACUAGUAAGAUGGAUCACUUUCAACAGAAUGAAAGAUUACGUAGAGAAAUACUAUCAACAUAAUGGAAAGUUGCCAAUGACAUUAACUAUAACAAAACAAGGUGUAUGGGUAGUCAUAGAGAAAUCACCAUGA